CGUGCACAGACCUCCAGUGCGACACCAACUCCAGCCAGACUAGCCAGACUAGUGCCAGAUUCGGUCAGGACAAACCGUCCAAUGCUGCAAACCCAAGUCGCACACGUGCGACACGUCCCUCUCCACCACCAGCAGAUUAGUAUUCCUCCCACUCCACUCCACUCCACAGCCCACCAACACCAACCACGCACCACGAUAUCAAGCGUCGGGCUAGCCGCCGGCCGGUGGCGUCGCAAGCAGCAGCAGCAUCCUGAGCGCAUCCAAGAGAGAGCGAUGGAGACAAAGGAGGCGGCAGCGGCGGAGCAGCUGGAGCAGGAGCAGGAGCGGGAGCAGUGGCGGGGCGCGGUGGAGGCGGCUCUGCCGUCGACCCCGGCCUCGGCGGCGUGGCCGCACAUCGCCAGCUUCUGCGCGCUGCACCGGUACCUCCCGGGCAUCGACGUGUGCGAGCUCGCGGCGGGGGACGACGGCCGGCCCGGGUGCGUCCGCUACGUGGCCUCCCUGGCGCCCGCCCCCGCCGCCGGGGGCGCGGGGCGGGAGGUCGCCAGCUGGGCGCGCGAGGAGCUGCUCGAGAUCGACGGCGGCGCCCGCCGCCUCGCGUACGCCGUCGUCGGCAGCAGCAUGGGGUUCGGCCGCUACGUGGCCAGCAUGGCCGUCGUCGCCGACGAGGACGAGUCGGCGGCGGCGGGGUGCAGGCUGGUGUGGGCGUUCGAGUGCGACCCCGUGCAGGGGUGGAGCCUCGACGGGCUCCUCGGCUACCUCGACGGCGGGGUCAAGGCCAUCGCCGCUCGGAUCGAGGAAGCCGAAGCCGCCGCUGGUGCUCCAGCUGGAGGAGACGUCGUCGCCACCGCUUGAAAGCUCCAGGAGCCAUCAACAUCAAUCGCCUAUCUAUAGCCAUCUACCGCCGAAUUGUCGCCUAAUGAUUGGCUGCUAUCUCGUCAAACUCAUUAUAGUAAUGCAUUGUUAAUGACAUCUCUCUGGGUCGUUGGUUGGUUGCUUGCCCCUCCAUCCUUCUCUGGCGGGUUUGUAACGUCGUGACGUGUCAGCUGAGACUUGGAAGAAAGGGACACUCCAUUGUUGGAUCCUGAUGCUUGUUUC